AUGGCUAUAUGCCCUCACCUGAGUAGUGUGAAAUACAUUCUGCGCGACGAGGGCACCAGAGAUGACAGCCUCAAAUGGCUCACUUCGCUCAUCGAAAUGAGUCACCUUGCCGGAUCCUGGGCACCAGGGCUACGCGCUCUUCGUGAGGUCUCCAUCGGAGUGCGCUCCGGAACUUGGCUAGACUACGACCGUAAGGUCAAUCGUCGCCCCGAUCUCCUAGCAAGUCACCUGUUCAUCGACAGCGGAGAGUUUUUGAGUCCAGGGUUCUGCUCAGCCCUCCUCAACGCCCCUCGCUCCCUCAAAACCCUCCGCCUCUGCGGCAACGUCAGAGGUGAUCAGGACUGCUGGCACGAAAUCGACAGAUUCCUGCUCAAAGCACGCAACGCCCAGGCUGGAUCUCUCGAGAGUAUCAUGCUCUACGGAGCGUGGGGGAUGGAAACUGCUCGCAAAUCCGGCUGUGACCUGUAUCACCUCCAUUUGCCCGAACUCAACACAUUUCCACGCCUCCGGCCAGUCUGGCUCGACAACGCCGACUUUCUCAAGCAGGCAGACAGCUACGAUAUGUACGCGAUACCAGACCUAUGGCAAACGCCCGCCGAAGCAGCGCUAGAGUGGAUUAUCUCCCGCCUCCCCGCGUCGAUGGAGGUUCUCUUCUUAGGUAACUCGGUGGAGCAAAGUGACCCAGAAAAGACAGAGGAUCUCCUCAUCGGCCUUCUCAACUCGGACAGAUUCCCAAAAUUGAAGGCACUUUUCAUCGAGGAUGACGUGGUCCGACGAGAUCGGUGCGGCCGGGCGCGUUGCUCCAACCACGAGCCGCCCAACAAUCUUUACUUCCAGCGCCUCAUAGCCGUGGGCGAGAAGCGCGGGGUCGACGUGGAUUGUACGGCUAGCAGGUCCAGGAAGAGGAUUCACAGCGAAGAGGAUAUCGGGCUCUCUGCUGCCCCGGAUUACGCGGCCGCGCUGAAGUCUUUGCCCUUGGACUCCUCGAUCCAUGGUUCCGGCGCGCGAGAGUUCAAUGUGUUUGGAGGCGAGUGGCAGCUCAAGGGGUGCGGUAACUGUGGCGAGUGCGAGAAGUGUUUCCAGGCGUACUCUGAGGAGAGUUGGAAGGCGAGAGGGAAAGGAAUCGAGACAUGA